AAAAGUGCCAUAGCGUGUUUGUUGGUCGUCGAACUGUGAUUGUUUCGGAACAAUUGGAAUUGCAUAGUUUCAGCUCAAUUACAUCUAUAAGCGUUAACCCUCACCUUAAAAUGGCGACAACGUCGAAGCCCCGCUCAGAGAUGACUUUGGAGGAGUUAGCCAAAAUUGAGGAAGAAGAAUUCAGCACUGGGCCUCUUUCAGUCCUUACACAGUCAGUAAAAAACAACACACAAGUUUUGAUCAACUGUCGUAAUAACAAAAAGUUGUUGGGACGCGUCAAGGCAUUCGACCGGCACUGCAACAUGGUACUCGAAAAUGUCAAAGAAAUGUGGACCGAAGUACCAAGGCUAGGCAAAGGCAAGAAGGGUAAAGCGGUGAACAAGGAUAGAUUUAUCUCAAAAAUGUUCCUUCGUGGAGAUUCAGUGAUCUUAGUAUUAAGAAAUCCUCUUGCUACUGCUGCCGGUAAAUAAAACCAGCUGGUAUUUAAGAAAAUGAUGUCUGAGUGCAAGCGGAAGUGUUCUCCAAAAACCUUAGUCAAUAAGUAAUUAUUCAAUUCAUCUCUUUUGUAUAUUGAUGUAUUGAAUUAAAUAACAAGUAAGAUUUUC